UCUCACAACUCACAACGCAAGCAGAUAGAAAUUGUUCCUUCUAUUGCGUUCAUCUCCGAAGAGCCGAUUUCAAAGGGAAUCUCCUCCGCCUGACUCUUUCUUUGCCUGGAAUAUUUGGGAAUUUCCGUAGCUCAGAAAUCAGAAAGAAAUUCUUUGCCUGAAGACUUGACAAUAUUUCAACCAGUCUAUUUUAUGAUCUCUUGCCACUUCCAUCUACUGAAAGACCUGCAGGUGACAGACUCACUUUGCCCUUUCAGAUUUCUGAAAGAACUUUUGGGUGAUCUAUAACUUUUUUUAUUUCAUUCUGUAUUCUGAUUUAUUUCACUGUUUCAGAGCAGUUAUUUAGUGUGCUGUAAACAUUUCCUAUACAUGCUUAUCUGAAGUCUGAUGUAUAACAUAUUAUAUUGCAUAGUAUAUUAAAUGCUCUUAGCUUACUGAUUUAGAAGAGUUGCUAACCUUUAGUAGUGAGGUGAAAGUGACAUUUUUUUGACCGAAUUACAGAAUUAAUUGUCACCUUUUUGUGUUACAUUUGACACUUAUUGUUAAACUUUUAAACUAUUAUCAUGGCAAUAACUAUGGCUGCUAGUGGAAUGCUUGUUCCUUCUUUAACUAUUCCUGAGCAAACUGUGGCUCUUCAGAUUGGAACAUGCAGCCCAGCAGAAAUGUUGGACCGGGUCAGAAAGACACAGGUUUAUAUCUUGUCUGGGGUUUCUAGACAGGUUGAGAGUGAGCUUAAAUGCUUUAAACGGUCAGUGAUGAGGCUGAAUUCCAACAUGACUGAUGAAGCCCCAGCAAUAGGGAUACAAAGAUGGAAGCGUUCCAUAAAGUCAUGUUUAAUUAGGUGCCAGGGCACCCUUGUAAAUUUAGAAAGGUGGGUCAAGAGAGAGAUGAAUUCCUGGAGAGAGGUGUUUUCUCGCUUUGAAAAAAUGGUGAGCAAAACAGACCAGGCUGUAUACAGGGCCAGUAAAGUGGAUGAAAAACCAAGAAGGUUUUUCCAAGGCUUUGGAUUUUUAGGUGAUAAGAAAGAGGAAGCAGAGUUAUCCCAAGACAUUGUAGACCCCUAUGCUCCUAGCCCAAAAAAGGAAUGUGAACCACAUCAAUGGGUAGUCAUUUCAGUUGACGUUCUCUCCCCUCCCGAGUUUGAUGCCAAUAUGUCAGAAGAUCCCAGGGAGUUCAUUGUAAACCUGGAGAAAUAUUUCAAGCGCAGUGGUUGGGAUGAAAAAGUUUGGUUAUCACAGGUUGAUGAUCACUUAAAAGGAGCAGCUAAGAAAUGGUGGGAAUAUAGAAAGGAGACCAUAGACAGCUGGCAUGAUUUCAAAGUUGCAUUCUUGCAGUAUUGUGAAAGGCUUUUGGUUAGAGAUGCCAUCAAACGGGACUUAGAUCUCCCCCAAAGACGCUGGGAGCCCUUAGAGCAGUUUGUAUGGAAGAAAAGGGCCCUGUACCACAGGCUUUAUGUAGAUGCCAAUGAGGAAGAGAUGAUUCACUAUAUUAUUAGCACCCUACACCCCGAGAUCAAGCGUUUCUUGAAGCCCCCAUUUCCCAAGACUGUCGAUGAGUUAGUCCAGAUGGGCAAAGAAAUUCAGUUUGAAUUUGAGCAGUCAGAGAAACAAACCCUUAAAUCAGCUUACUCAGAUGAGCAAAUUAGCACCAAGCUGAAGGUGAUGGUCACAAAGGACCCUUAUGAUAGCAACAGCGUUUGUACUGAGAAAAUGUAAUUCACACGUAUACGAUCCGUCAGGGAAAAACGGUGGAGCCUUCUAAAAGUUGAAACUUUAUCAACUUUGUAAGAAUGAAUUUCUGGCAAGUGAUUACAAUGUAAAGGAUGAAGUCUAAACUGAGUUUAAGCUUCACAACCAUAAUUGAAGUUAUAGGAGAGGGUAGAAGAGUUUGUGUUUAAGGCAGAAGUUCAUAGUUAAACCAAGUAGCUUUAGGGAAAAAGUUACCUAUUCAGUUUCUCUCGACCCAUCUUUCUCACUCUGAAACUUUGUGGUUGACAAUCUAUUUUCCUCUGUUUUGCAGAAAGACACAAUGAUAUGUAUGCUAGCUAACCAUCACUUACAGCUAAACAGAAUCAAACAUGUCAUUAGGACACAUUAACUAGAUGUUGUGCUUUGAAGCAACUGUCAAAGGGAAAUAGAAAUUGAAGAUGGUUGCCUGAACCCAGUGUCAUUCAAUUUUGGGAUAAAGCUAUACAUUGACUGACAGUCCAAGUUGACCAAUGAUAUCGUUGGCUGUAAGUGACAGGUUGAAGAUGUUUUUCCUUAUAAGAGCAUUUUUAUGAGUAAAAAAAUGACAUGUGAUGUACCAAAUAAGCACUGAAGUUACUUUAUUUUUACUGUAUAAUUUACACUGCAAUAUCUGUAAUGUACUAUAAAUAGCAAUUCAGAAACUAUAUCUAUAUAAAAGUUGUUACAAGCAAUAAUGCACAACUAUAACCUGAUUUUGUGCAUGGUAAACUUAUGGCCCUGAAGUUGGUGCUGUAAUGCAACUUAUGCAUCUUGUAAUGCAUCUCAUACAAAUGUGCAGAUUAGUAUUGUAUGGAGUAUUUCACAUUCUCACGUGUGUUUUAAAAGUGUACAAAAAGCAUUUUGAUAUGAUGAAUGUUAUUAGGAACUAACAAAAACAAAGUGUGACUUAUUUUUGGAAUGUAGAGCACUUAUCUAAUUGAAUGUAAUGUAGCAUUUUUUAUCUGAACUAAAGAGGUGAUAUUAAAGCACACGGAAGUGAAUAUGUUACAGAUUCCACCAUAUCAGUUCCUGGGUGUCCUCCCUGAAGGCACCUGAUGUUUCUUGGUGUUGACUUUCUAAGUAGAAAUAUAAGAGGCCUACAAGGCUGGACUUUAUAACGUUAUCUCAUUUGCUUCCACUUGGAAACUGAUGAACUGUUCUGUAAUUUGGAUCUGAAGGCAAAUAUCAUUGGAAUUUACCAUGAUUUGGAACCAGAGACAGAUACAUCUCACCAGGCAUCUUCUGUACCUACCAAGUAGAUAUGUAUGGCCUGCAAUCAAAGUUUUUGGCUAUGCCAACUGAUCGUUCUUUAUAGGUUGCCCUGUAAUACAAAAGUAGGGCUUUGUGGAAUGUAGGAACAAUGCUCAACUCAGGAAUACCUGUGAAUCUAAUGAAACCAUACAACGAAAGACCAACCAACCUGCAGCUCAAAGACUAAAGGCUCAGUGAUAUUGGACACAGUCCUAUCAGGCACAAUACACUCUGGAGAGAAGUGAACUGGCACCUACCUUAAAGAUAUCGACAAUCAGCACUCUGAAUUGAAUUCCAUGUUGGAAAGAUAUCGGUCUCGGUUGUCAGAUGUUUGGCUGCUACACAUGAGGCCUUCAUAAUACCACUAUUCAUGAUCAGUGGAAAAAAAAGAUUCAUGGAGCUACUGGGCAUCUUCCUUGGCAGCCAUGAUGAAACUCUGGAAAGAUCAUGCUAAGCUGUUGGCUCUUGACGGCAUUCUUGCAUCCACAAUUUGCACUGAUGGAAAAGAAACACGUUUUCUGGAGGAUUAGAAGCAAAAGAAAUAUAUAUUUGGACACUAUGAAAUAUCAAAGCAUCCCAAGAGUCUUUCCAGAGACAGUUGCACAGUCCUUCCAUAACUCCAAGAACGUACUCAUUAUCUGCAUCAUCUAUUAGAUGUCAAGCCUCAUGAUACACUCCCUUCUAUUCUCCCUCGGGAAUGGCUGACUUCCAACAUUAAGUCAAUGUAUUUUCAUCUUUUCUCCCUCUUACAUGCCAUUUGUGUGAACAAAAUGUAAUAGACAGUCUAUUACCCAAUUAGAAAAGAACAUUGAGCCUCAAAGACUGGUCUCGACAAUAUAAACAGGACAAUUUUAGUUCUUAUUGGGUUAAAAAAAAACCACAGUGGAGUGAUUUUUUUUUUUUUUUUUUUUUGCCAUUGCUGCUACCUGAGUAUUGAUGAUGUGCAAAGGGAUUGUCUGUUUGUAUACAUGACAUUUUAAUCCAAAGAAAAAUGACAGCAUUAAAUAUAUUGAAUGAUGUAUUUAUAAAAAAUACAAAGUAUUUGGUUAAUAAAAUAUGAAACUCA